AGAGAGGCCUGUUGGGUUUGUCCCUCUGUUCCACUUGUUGUAAUAUAAAAGCCACCAUAUACCCAGCAAAGCGUAACUUAGCCAAAUCCAAAUCAGAAUUUGCAGAGACCCCCAAAGAUUUAGCAACCAACAGAGAGAGAGAGAGACGCACAAAUGCCCGGGAGUUUAGAGCCGUUGGAUUUGGGGGUACAGAUACCAUACCACUUUAGGUGUCCCAUAUCCUUAGAGCUCAUGCGCGACCCCGUCACGGUCAGCACCGGCCAGACCUACGACCGUCCCAGCAUCGAGUCUUGGGUGGCCACCGGCAACAUCACCUGCCCCGUCACCCGGGCCCCGCUCUCCGAAUUCACUCUUAUUCCCAACCACACCCUCCGCCGCCUCAUCCAGGAAUGGUGCGUCGCCAACCGCUCUUUCGGCGUCGAGCGCAUCCCCACUCCUAAACAGCCCGCCGACCCCACCCACAUCCGCCACCUUCUUGCUCAAUCUGCAUCGAAUUCCAACCCUUACCCGACCCGAGUCUCCGCCCUCCGCCGCCUGCGCGGCCUUGCCCGCGACCUCGACAAGAAUCGCUCCACCAUCUCCUCUCAAAACUCCCGCGAAAUUCUCCUUGAGCUCGUGUUCUCCGAUACCAAUUCCGAAUCGUCCGAGUUGACUCACGAGGCGCUCGCGCUUCUUGUUCUGUUCCCGCUCCCCGAGUCCGACUGCGCUGCGGUGGCGUCAGAUCCUGACCGGAUCGCGUACCUGUCUCACCUUGUGCAGCACCCCUCCAUGGAGGUCCAAGUCAACUCGGCCGCGUUGAUCGAGAACGUCCUGGCCGGGUCGCGAACGGCGGAGCUACGAGCGCAGGUUAGCAAUGUGGACGAAAUCCACCACGGCGUCGUUUCAAUUCUCCGAAAUCCGAUCGCCUACCCGCGCGCCCUCAAAAUCGGCGUGAAGGCGGUCUUCGCUCUGUGUCUUGUGAAAGAGACCCGAAAUAAGGCCGUAUCGGCCGGCGCGCCCGAAACGUUAAUCAACGUCUUGGCGGAUUUCGAGAAAUGCGACUCGGAGCGUGCACUCGCUACGAUCGAGCUGCUAUGCAGAGUCCCCGAGGGUUGCGCGGCGUUUGCUGCGCACGGGCUGACUGUGCCGCUGCUGGUGAAGACGAUUCUGAAGAUCUCGGACCGGGCGACGGAGUACGCGGCGGGAGCGCUGCUGUCGCUGUGCUCGGCGUCGGAGAAGAGCAAAAACGAGGCCGUGGCGGCGGGGGUUCUGACGCAGCUGUUGCUGUUGGUGCAGAGUGAUUGUACGGAGCGGGCCAAGCGGAAGGCGCAGCUGCUGCUGAAGCUGCUUCGGGAUUCGUGGCCCGAGGACUCUGUAGGAAAUUCAGACGAUUUCGUUUGCAGUGAGCUCGUAGUGCCCUUUUGAAAUUUCACUUUUUCUGUUUUUUCUUCCGUUUCUCAUUAAUUUUCUUAAUCUCAAAUUUUCAGAUUCUUAGUAGAAAAAACAAAAAGAAAAAGGAAAGUGAAAAUUGAGGUUGUAGGUUAUUGGUAUAUAAAAAAAUUGUAAUUUUUUUGUGUAUUUUGUAUGUAAGCAUUUUUGUUUAGAUGAUUAAGAAAAGUUGCAAAUUAAAAUUUCA